AUGUCGGCCAUCAGAGCUAUUCCGCGGACGGUGCUCCCUCUUCGGAAUGCCUUGAAAAUCUCGUCUAUGCCUAGCCAGAAGACCGCAUCCGCAGCGAUUUUCCGUCAAUUUUCGACCCGCCCUUCUGGACGAGAGAACUAUUCCAGAUUUGCAACCAAGACGAAGAGCUCAUUGCUCCAGCAACAAAAGCGAAAUCAGAGCUCCAGGGUGACUCCUGUACCAGAGUUCUUCACAGACGCAAAGCCAGGCAAAACCGAUCUUUACGAUCUUCAUAUCCAACAUGGCGGCAAAAUGGUUCCCUUUGGAGGAUACAGCAUGCCUGUCCAGUACUCCGACCUUUCCGUUGGCGAAUCCCAUGCGUGGACACGCGAAAAGGCCUCUCUUUUCGAUGUUGGCCACAUGGUGCAGUACCACGUCGAGGGUCCCGGCGCCGAAGCAUUUCUCGAAUCCAUCACGCCCGCUGGACUGAAGGAGAUGAAGCCCGGCCAGUCAUCGCUUUCCACACUUUUGCAUCCCAAGACAGGUGGAAUCGCAGACGACUGCAUCAUCACUCGUCUGGAAGACGGUCCCAAGCACCUUUUCUACCUUGUGACCAAUGCUGGAUGUAGAGAUAAAGAUUUCGCCUAUCUCUCCUCUGCUAUUGAGAAGUGGGAGAAUACUGUCAACCCCGUUGUUAACCUCCGGCAUUUGCAAGCUGAGGAUGGAAAGCCUUAUGGACUCAUUGCUCUCCAAGGUCCUCUCGCUGCAGAGAUUCUCCAGUCUACGCUCAGCGACUCGUGCAAGGUUGACCUCAACCAGUGRUACUUUGGCAAUCAAAAGUAUAUCACACUUGCCCUACCGUCAGGAGAGUCUCUCCCAAUCGUUGCGUCUCGUGGCGGCUACACUGGCGAAGAUGGCUUCGAGCUCAGCAUCCAUCCAUCUCAGACUGUUGAGGUCACCAAGUUUCUCAUGCAGACCGCGACUCCAGACAAGCUCCGCUUUGCUGGACUUGGUGCGCGUGACAGCUUGCGUCUAGAGGCAGGCAUGUGUUUGUACGGCCAUGAUUUGGACGAUACCACGACGCCUGUGGAGGCUGCUUUGRGCUGGAUCGUGCCAAAGUCACGCCGUAGUGGCGAAGGUGCCUCGUUCAACGGCGCGGAGACUAUCGUUCCACAGCUCACACCUGUAUCGAAGGGAGGCGUUGGCGUCUCUCGUCGCAGAAUCGGCCUGAUCGUUGAAGGCGCCCCCGCUCGGGAGGGAGCGGAGAUCCAAGACACAGAGGGCAACMCAAUUGGCAAGAUCACUUCAGGAUGCCCUAGUCCAACGCUAAAGAAGAACAUCGCCAUGGGCUACAUCAAAGACGGCAUGCACAAGUCGGGCACCGAAGUCAAGGUGGUGGUCAGAGGCAAGGCACGGAAUGCUGUGGUAGCGAAGAUGCCGUWCGUCCCGAGCAAGUAUCACAAGGAGCGAUGA